AUGAAAAUCACAUCUUCAAAUCUCACACUUCCUUAUCUCCUAUCCAUUUUUCUCCAGCCCCAGAAACACAGAGGAGGCGCAUGGCCACCACGCUUGGCCUCCUAAAGCUCCAUGCCCUUCCCUACAACCCUCCCCGUUCACAGUCAAACCUGCCAACUCAACCCAAUGCUCCUCCAAAACUAACUCUCUGCACCAAAGACUCACAAAAACUACUCAAUCAGACCAUUCACCAUGUUAAAUCAACUUGUCUACCGCUCACAACACUGGCAUUGCCCUUCUUUUUGGAUACAAGGGAUGCUCUUGCUGUUAAUGGGGAAUUUGGGAUUUUGGAGGGGAGGUCAUUCGCGCUAAUUCAUCCACUUGUGAUGGGUAGUUUCUUCUUCUACACUUUGUGGGCAGGGUAUUUGGGUUGGCAAUGGAGAAGAGUGAGGACUGUACAGAAUGAGAUCAAUGAAUUGAAGAAGCAAGUGAAGCCUAAACCAGUCACUCCAGAUGGUAAACCAGUCGAAGCCGCACCCUCACCUAUUGAAAUCAAAAUUCAGCAAUUCACUGAGGAGAGGAAGGAAUUGGUAAAAGGGGGUUACAGAGAUAGACACUUCAAUGCAGGAUCAAUACUACUAGGAUUCGGAGUACUUGAAUCGAUAGGUGGAGGCGUUAAUACUUGGUUUAGGACCGGAAAACUAUUCCCCGGUCCACAUUUGUUUGCCGGAGCAGCAAUUACAGCACUGUGGGCAGCGGCAGCGGCUCUAGUUCCUGCAAUGCAGAAAGGAAGUGAGACAGCAAGGAAUCUUCACAUUGCGCUAAAUGUGUUAAAUGUGCUGCUCUUUGUGUGGCAAAUCCCAACUGGAAUUGAUAUUGUUUUCAAAGUGUUUGAAUUCACUAAAUGGCCUUGAGAUCAUGCAGACUUCCGGGUUUCAAGUGUGAGUCCUCUUGCAGCUAGGUUAGUGUUUCAUCUUUUAUUAGCUUAUAUACAUAUAUAUAUAUAUAUAUAUCCUACGUAGUUAUAAUUCUUUUUGUUUUCAUGCUCUUCCCGUGUUCCUGUAUCCACAAACAUAUAAUACAUAACGAAACAGCUGUUUAAGAAGAUACAAUGUGUAGAAUUAUGGAAUGAAUCUGACCAGCUUGUAUGAUUUGGAAUAAUACAUCGAAACCAGACCACAUUUUUUA